UAAUUCGUUCAAAUGUAAUGGCUUUAUAAAAAUCCAUGGCAACUUUGGCAACAAAAUGGCGGCUCGCGGAAAUUUUGACAAAUGAAGAGAAUUUGUUUUUGACGCGAAUUCGCUGACAUUUAAAGAAGCCUAUCUCCAAUAGUACUUAUGCUUGUGCUUAGUGUUUAACAGGUGCAAAAUGUCACUGAAAACAGCAAGCCCAACAAGAUCAUCCCGAGCAGACAUGCUGCUGGAUGGUACCACGUCUAAAGCUGGGAUAGAAUCUAGUCGCACUCCUGAAAGAACAGACAGGCAGGAAAGGAAUACACAUGCUGUUCAGCCAGUAUACCUUAAAGUACGGAGACAGGCUUCAUCAAAGGCUUCAUCAAGUUUUCAUCCCUCCCGACAACCUUUGUUCAAGGGGAAAGUGGUUACCAUGGAUACAAAGAUUGAAAAUAGGUUGAAUAUGAAGGACCUGGACAGAUUGCAAGAUGCAUUUAUGACUAAAACACCAGACUUAAAGCAUGAACUUGUAUAUUGGAAUGAAGGAGACGGCUAUGACAACAAACUAAGUUUAAACAAAGAACAGUUCUGUGAGGCCCUGUCAAUUCUUCUCAAUAAAGGCUCUCGAGAAGAGUAUGGGGAGCUGUUUGACAAGAUAGAUGUAACACGAGAAGGGACUGUAGACUGGGAUAAAUUUGCCUCUCACAUGUUGCUGGAGUUCUAUGAGAAAGACGACAGAGUGAAAUCUACACAGGUUCCUCAGUGGAAAGAUCUGAAACAUUUACCUAGUCCACACAAAGAGCUCAUUCAGCGAGUUGCCUUUUUGAAAAAUACAAACAGAUACAUUGCUAUAAGUAAGGAGGGAACAAUAUCAAGCUGGGGAGUGGAUAUGAAGCUACAGAGGGCAUUAAAGACUGGCACGGACUCGUGCAAGGCACGUGACCUCUGGGUGACCUACUUUGUUGUCCUGCAUAAUGUGAACAAAAUAGCACUGGCUUUCACGAGCAAGGAAAUUGCUAUAUAUGAUCUGAGUUCAAAGGUGGAGUUCAGUUGCCAGUACAAGGUACAGAAUCUACAAUACACACCACUCUCGCUGGAUUACUGGUCAAAUCCAAUGAAUCCUAAUGAAGCUAUACUAGUGUUCGGAGAUGUUGGCGGCUAUGUGAAUGCUUUGUUCUUUAACUCCGCCCAGAUUGCACUGUUUGAACGUCCCCCAGCUCCCGCUGGCGAAAAGCAAGAAACCUGUUUGAAUGUGGAUCUUCAUCACAUAGCGAUAGGGAAAUACAAGAAUGUCACCUACACCAAAUACCAGGCACAUAUAAAGGAAUGGGCAAGACAAGUGAAGUACUCCCAUUAUCUAGAAUGUUUUAUCAGCUGUGCUACAAGCUCCACAAGGUCAGUUAUGAUUGGUUGGAUGGAGAAACAUACAUCUGUCAAUCAACCCACAAAACACUCCUGGAGAACAUAUAUACCAGGGAGUGCAACUUCCAAGAAGGAGAUUCAACGUACAUCCUCAUUUACCAUCCAACAAGGGGUUAAUGCAUUUGAUUUUAGUGAUCAGCUGAAUCUAAUCGCAACUGCCGGAGUGAACCACCAUGUGUGUUUGUGGAAUCCUUAUGUAGUCUCUAAACCAAACGGGAUUCUUCGUGGACACAUGGCCAGUGUUGUACAGGUUCAGUUUAUCAAGAGUAGGGGCCAGUUAAUCAGUUUCUCCAAAGACAAGGUGCUCAGAAUCUGGGACGUCCAGUUACAAGUCUGUAUACAAAGAUUGGCAGGAAUGUUUCCUAAAGGACCAGAAGUGUACAGUUCAUUAUUUUUUGACGAGGGCAAAGAUCGACAUGGUGUUGAACGUAACAGACUGUUUAUUUCAUUCAACUAUCAACUCACCCUGAUGGAAAUGAAGGCCGAGAUAAAAGACAGGAUAAUGUCCCAUGAGAAGCCAGUUGUUGCAGCCCUCUAUAAUUCUGUUUAUAAUCAGGUUGUGAGUGUUUGUCAAGCUGGCACUAUGGUGAUGUGGAUGAUAGAUACAGGUCAAAAGGUCAAACAGUUCAACGGUUGCCAUGGCAGUGCAGAGGUCACAUGUUUGACCCAGGAUUCAACCGAGACAAGGCUGCUUACUGCUAGUACAGACGGCACUGUCAAAAUUUGGGAUUUUAAUGGUCACUGUUACCACACGUUAGAUUGCUCCGGUGGACAGCCAGCUGAUAUUGGUCAGGUCCUCAGCUUAAAGAGAAGUGUAUUAGCUGUCGGAUGGGCAAAGUAUGUGACAGUGUUCAGAGACACAAGUUUCCGUGAGUUCCAUGUGUUGCCGUCCGACUGGAAGGGAGGACAGGAACAUACAGAAGAUGUUUUAUGUGCAGCUUUCAUGCCUCCAAAUAUACUCGCUACAGGUUCCUAUGAUGGUGAGAUUGUGAUAUGGAAUACAAACUCAGAACAUUCAUCUCGACAUCUUACCCAGAGAAUGAAGAAACGGACAAAAUCCAGGAGCAGCACAUUUGUUACAAAAACAAGAGAGAAUACUAAUGUGUCUAUGAUGUCAAGGAAAGCUUCUCGUGCCAGUCUACAUAGCAGAGGCAGUGGAACAGAUGAGGAAACACCAGUUUCUGAAGAAAAAGAACAACAAUAUGUAGAAGAGAAUGAGUACAGCUGGGCUAUUUCCAAGUUGCUAUUUUUAGAAGCAAGGAAAGGCAACUCUGCCAGUGGGUGUGCUAAUUUAGUAUCAUGUGGUGGAAAUGGAAUAGUGAGGUUUUGGAACAGUUCCCAUAAUACACUGAUGGCCGAGUUCACCGCUCAUCAGCAUGCUGGUAGCAUUAUAAUGGCCUCAGACAAGAAUAAUCAGUAUUUGGUGACCGGAGAUGUUGAUGGUGUGUUAAAAGUCUGGGAGAUUUUAGAAUAUGCUACACAUUCAGUUGAUCAACCAAUCACAGAACAACCACCAUUACGUACACAGUUCCAGCCUCACCAGGACAUGAUAAAUACUCUAGAACUGUGCGAGAGAAAUGAAAGACUUAUCAUAAUCUCAGCUUCCUCUGAUUGUAGCGUGUCUCUCUGGGAUGUGCAUGGAAACAGGAUAGGAACUUUUGGCCAGGAAGAACACUGGAAGAUUGAGCCCUACAGUCAUGUAGAGGAGUUUGAAGAGUUUGAGGAGAAGGAAGAAGAAGAAGAAGACAUAGAGAUGGAAGUUGAAAGCGAUCAUGAUUCGGAAUGGGCACCUGAUCCACUCGCUGUUGAGAAUCCAAAUGAAUAUAGAGUAGAUACCUGGCAGUCAACCCAUCUUGGUAAGGAGUACCAGGAAACAAGGAGAGGUAAAAGACAGAGACAACAGCCGGGAACCAUACCAGAUCUUGCCUACCUUCACUGGGAGAGAACUGGAGCUCCACCCUCUGGUCCAUAUUCUGCACUAGACAUCCCAGAAUUGAACAAAAUUGAACAACCAACUAAACCUGAUCCUGACAAAUACUUCUUUGAACGACCCUCCAGUGUUGAUAAAAAACUCCCAAAAUUACCAGCCCUUGCCGAUACCUUAAGGACAGCCUAUGAUGAAAAAUCCUUAUUCCCUGCAUAUAUUAGGGAGUUUGAAGCUAAAAUGAAGAAUUUCCACACACAGGCAAUAUCACAGGCAUUAUCUAACACUCAGCCCAAACACUCCCAACCUAAGACAAGACCAAGUUUGCAAAACAUUGGGUUACAAUUAGGGGCUCAGAUGUCCUCGAAGAGUCCAAAACCACAGGCAGCUGCCAGACAGAAGGGGCUUGCAGGUUUGAGGCUGAAGCCUCUGCCACAGUCAAGAAGAAGUUCGGUUACAACUGAAUCAUAAAUCACAGAAUAACAAACAGAUGUUUCAGUCCAGUAUAAUUUUGAAUUAAACAUGGAUGAAAUUACAGAUUUUCACGACAACCAUGUAAAGUGGAAGUGUUGAAAUGCCUUAAAGCUAUAUAAUUUUGAAUUAAACAUGGAUGAAAUUACAGAUAUUCACGACAACCAUGUAAAGUGGAAGUGUUGAAAUGCCUUAAAGCUAUAUGAAUCACAAAACAGUAACACUAUUUGGAGUUUUUCUGGGAAAACUUGUGUUUAACUAUCACAAAAUUUUAUUUAGUGGUCGGGUUUUUAUAGCAGUUCAAGAAUUACUUAUGAAUAGAUAAUUGAACAGUUUUUGUAACUAUAAAUAGACAGAAAUAGUACAAAAACACUUUUCGUGUAGAGAUAUUUAAAUGGAUAAAAAAAGGUAAUACAGAGGCUGAGAGACUCUCGUGGUGGACUAGCAAAGUUGAACCAACCACAGGAACCAUCAGCAUUACAGAUAUAAGAAUUUUUAUUAUUAUUAUUUAUUUGAAGCAUUUAUUAUUAUCCAAAGAACUGCUUUUUACUGAUAUACUGCUGACUAUUUAGAAUUUUUUACUUUUUACAUUGUAUUAUGUAAAUGCAAUAUCAUAAUUUUUAUCAAUUUUUUAGAAAUUUCAUUCCUAUAUACAUUGUUUAGCUUUUUAAAAAAUUAUAUAAUUUUUUUUUUAUUUAACUUUAUAUAUAGCAAUACAAAUCAUUUCAGGAACGUUGAGUUUUUCUAUGAUUAUUUCUCAAGUAUUUUAAACCAAAGGAAAAGGUCAUUAUUGAAAAAGACUACUUUUGAGAAAAUGUAAAAAAGGAACUUAUAUUUUAUUUUAGAGAUUUCUCACCGAAACUGUGCCUAUCUGUAUUGAAACCUCAUACCUAAAGCUUUAAGAUACUGACAGUAGUGAGUAUCAAAUGUCGUUUAUGGAGUUUAAGAUAUUGAACAAAUUGUAUAUAUGCCUUUUUAUAAUCCUUUAAAACGAAAGGUCAUAUCUGCUGCUUACGACCUAUUUGCUGUAUAAUUGUUCAAUCUAAAGUCAUAUGAGCCGUUCCAUGAGAAAACCAACAUAGUGGGUUUGCGACCAGCAUGGAUCCAGACCAACCUGUGCAUCCGCGCAGUCUGGUCAGUUUACAUGCUGUUCGCUUUUAAAGCCUAUUGGAGUUGGAGAAACUGUUAGCGAACAGCAUGGAUCCUGACCAGACUGCGCAGAUGUGCAGGCUGGUCUGGAUCCAUGCUAGUCGCAAACCCACUAUGUUGGUUUUCUCAUGACAGGGCUCAUAUAAUAUGCCAUCUGAAAAGGUUGUAUGUAGCAGAUACCACGUUUUAAAACUUGCCAAGAAAUGGGUUGUAAUUAACUGGUACAGCUAUAUAUUGACAAUGAAAUGUCAUUUUUGGUCAGAUAAAUAAGGUUACACAAUUGUGACUUAUAUUCAGGUUAUGACCCUUUAAGUGCAGUUUCGGAAAUGUAUAGGUCGUAUAAGGCAUAAUGUUUGUAUGUAUGCUUGUUCAUAGUCGCCACCGGUAACCCAUAAGGGCGACUCUCCUAGAAGGCUGUUAGUUAUGUUAGAAGGAGGACAAUGCAUGAUCCAGAAGACGCUCCAGAAGCUUUCCUGGUUCUUUAGCAUGCCAGGUGUAAAACACCCAUACAUGGGACUCUUAUCCGAAUGUUAGUAUUUUUUUAGUUGAAGGAGCUGAAGCAAGAACUCGCGAACCCAGAUGUUGUAGUCAAAACAGUGUUACAACUGGACCACUGCAUUAUAAGGCCUAAGUUGCAGUUGUGGCCUUAUAUUUCUGGAAUGUGGAUGACUUUUCAAUGAUUAAAUGAUGAAAGCUUCAGAAGUAUAUUGAUUAUAUUCAAUACUUAGCUUCUUUCACUGUAAUGUAGAAAGGGUAUAUUUUAUAUGGCUUUUUAUUUCGUGGUUUCAAAGACCACACCCAUACUCCUGUUGCUAAAAAUUUAUGCCUCGAAUAUUUUGGCGAUAAAACUGCUUAACAUUGGCACCGGUUCUGAAUUUUGGGGUCGCUACGUUGUGGAAAUAAAAUACCACAAAAUUUACCCAGUUUACAAUUAUUUAGUAAUCUAUUUAUGAUAUACAUGUAUUUAUUAUUACAUUGAUUGUGAUGAAAUAUUUGACUGUGAUAUGAUAUUGAUCGAUAUUGUAAUUUUAUUGUAUACCUGUUGUAAUUGUAUUUUUGAUGAUGUCACUUUUGAAAAUAAAGUUUAAAUUAC